GGAAGCAACAUGGCGGUGUUUCCUGAGGAGACGGAUUUAAACAAUUAUUUUGUGCGGGAAAUAGAGAAAAAUGACGGCUCGGUUAUAAAGGUGUUUCAGUGCAGCAAGGGCGAUGUAGGCUGUGUGGUUUGGGAUGCAGCCAUUGUUCUCUCAAAAUACCUCGAGACAGAACAGUUUAAUAAUCCUCUCACGGGAUACAAUAGCUGGUCCAGUAAAUCUGUCAUGGAACUUGGAGCGGGUACAGGACUGGUGGGACUCAUGGCUGCUUCACUGGGUGCUCACGUCACAGUUACAGACCUGGAGGAUCUUCAGUCUCUUCUUAAACUAAACAUCCAAGAAAACAGAGAACUGAUCAGUACAGGCUCAAUCACAGCCAAGGUACUGAAAUGGGGUGACGAUGUAACAGACUUCCUGCCACAUCCACAUUACAUUCUAAUGGCUGAUUGCAUCUAUUAUGAACAGUCUGUGGAGCCACUAGUAGAGACAUUAAAGCUGCUGGCUGGACCUGAGACUAGCAUUAUCUGCUGCUAUGAGCAACGCACGAUGGGAAUCAAUCCUGAAGUAGAGAACAGAUUUUUUGAGCUGCUGCUAAAGGAUUUUGAGGCUGAGGAGGUACCAGCUGAAAAACAAGACCCUGAAUUCAAUAGUCCCGACAUCCACAUUCUUCAAAUACGCCGCAGAAUGAGCUGAAUGGUUGUGUAUGAAUGAUAAUAAAAAAUGCAAAAA